AUGGCUGCUGAACGGUCCAACGUCUCCGCCGACCUUGUCUGGCAAAUUACCCGCAACCAGAACGCUUUCCUCGUCCAGCGCCACAAUGCUGGUGGUGUGCGAUUCUCCCGCGACCCCUUGAACCCCGUCAAUGUCCACUCCCGCAAGUACGCUGGAUACGCCAACGACAAGGCCCUCGGUCUCCAGGCAUCUGAGAACGGCGGUGUCGUUCUCAUUGCUAAGAACGCCAGCAACACCCAGAACCCUGCUAAGAGCAUCCGCACUGUCACAUACGGACCCAAAACCUCCAACCGCAAGAUCUACAAGAGCGUCGCCAGCAGCACCGCCAAGAAUGGAUACCGUGCCGAUUUGAGGGAAGCCGCUGUCGCUCGUGUCAGCGCUCUCCGUCGUUCUCAACAGCCCAAGAAGGAUGCCCCUGCCCCCAAGGUCCGUGGCGCUAAGGCCAAGCAGGCCGCUGCUGAGGAGUAA